AUGUAUAAGUUUCACCUCCUCCUCAGCUUCGCCCUCUUCCUCUUCCUAGCUCUCAGCGCAAGCGGCGCCGUUGCUGCGGCACACCAUAUCGACCGCCGGCAGGUUCAUCUUGGAGCGCGACAGACUCCGGGCCAGGAAGAGACCAGAACCAGAGGAAUGAGCAACAAAUGUAACUUGACAGGGCGAGAUGCCCAGGUCUGCCCGGCGGACUACAACAGAUGUCCCUUCGACGGCGCAUCGUGUGUCCUGAUUGAGCCAAAAGGGGAUUCCAGCCGCAAGCCUGAGGUGCGUUGCGGCUAUCUGGGCAGUACACGUUCGUGA